UUAGACUGUGCAGUGUGCAGUUACAUAUGGUUUAAUUUAUCCUUGACUACUAUAAAUUCAUUGCCUUUUACGGAAUUAUGGAGUGUUUCUGAUUGUGACAUCAGUACUGUGUCCUACUUCGCUGGGUAAUUUUAGUAUCGAAUGUGUUGUGAGUCAUAAUAUUUUUCGUUAACGGACGUUGUUUUAACGUGGCGUGCGUGAGUUUAUCGCUUUUUGUGCUCGUUGAAAUUUCAUUUAUUUUGAAAAAGCUAAACAACAAAAUGUCGUCGCGUAAAACAGCUGGACGUCGUGGUACCAACAAGAAGCGUGCUCAACGUGCCACUUCCAAUGUCUUUGCUAUGUUUGAUCAGGCUCAAAUAUUGGAGUUCAAGGAGGCUUUUAACAUGGUUGAUCAAAACCGUGAUGGGUUUGUAGACAAAGAUGAUCUUCAUGACAUGUUGGCGUCAUUGGGUAAAAAUCCUACUGAAGAUUACUUGGAAGGCAUGAUGAAUGAGGCUCCUGGACCAAUAAACUUCACAAUGUUCCUAACUCUAUUUGGUGAACGUUUGCAAGGCACUGAUCCUGAAGAUGUCAUAAAAAAUGCUUUUGGAUGUUUUGAUGAAGAGAAUUUAGGUGUAAUACAGGAGGAUCGUCUAAGGGAAUUGCUGACUACUAUGGGGGACCGCUUUACUGAUGAUGAUGUUGAUGAAAUGUUACGUGAGGCACCAAUACGUGAUGGCUUGUUUGACUAUGUGGAGUUUACACGCAUUCUUAAGCAUGGAGCCAAAGAUAAGGAUGAACAAUAAACUUGGCAGAUGUGUAGCAAUUUAUUAUCACUUAUCUUCUGCUGUUACCUAAUUAUGGAUUUAUUAUAUGUUAUCCGAAAUAGCUUGUUUAAGCAUUAAGUUACUUUUAUGAAUUAUUCUAUUAAUCUCUUAGUACAUUGCGGUGCUAACAAUGUAGUAGGUAUGUGUGAUCUUUGGAAGGAUUUUUGGCAAAAAAUGAAUCUGGUAGAAAUAUGGUUAGAACUAUUAGACUGUACUUCAUGUAUUUGAGCAUUUAAAAAGUAUUUAAAUUAUCAUUCCUUUAAAAGUGACUGUUUAAAAAUACAUUGUCAUAUAAUAUUAAGUUUGAUAUGAAUUUUUCAUGUAUGCAACAUAAACAUUAACAAACCCAAUAACCAUGUAAAUUUGUAUUACAUAAUAAAGUAUUAACAUUAAA